AACUAUAUUUAGCUGAUUGCAUUAUCGGAUCAGCGCUAGCUUGCACUCUGAACUCCCGCCGCUCCGAGAGUUUGCUCGCCGGGCAGCAGCUCGCCCACAAAUCUACUUUCUGACGGCUCUUUUUUUUUAGCAGAACUGCGAGCGCUGCAAUCAACCUUCAGGCUGUGUUUGAGGAGAGCUAGCGGCUAAUUGUGGGAGCUAAGGAGGAUGAGUGGAGACAUGUCUUCAGACGAGGACCGGGCCAAGGAAAUAAUGAAGGGCUUCAAACUGAACUGGAUGAACCUUCGGGACGCAGAGACGGGCAAAGUGCUGUGGCAGGGGACCGAGGACCUCUCCGUUCCCGGGGUGGAACACGAAGCUCGCGUCCCCAAGAAGAUCCUGAAGUGCAAAGCGGUUUCCAGAGAGCUCAACUUUUCCUCGUCGGAGAAGCUGGAGAAGUUCCGUCUGGAGCAGAAGGUCUUCUUCAAGGGACAGUGUCUAGAAGAAUGGUUCUUUGAGUUCGGCUUCGUCAUCCCCAACUCCACCAACACAUGGCAGUCUCUGAUAGAAGCGGCGCCCGAGUCCCAGAUGAUGCCUGCUAACGUCUUAACCGGUAACGUGAUCAUCGAGACCAAGUUCUACGACGACGACCUCCACGUCAGCACGUCCCGGGUACGCCUCUUCUACGUCUGAUGCCCGCCUUCCCUUCCCGUCCCGUCUCGCCGAGGUCCAGGAACAACGCCCCCUUUAGGCGUGUCUGUGGGCGGCUGGCUGCGCGUGCUUCCUGUUUCCUGUUGACCCGACCAGCACCAGGAGCCCGGCCCGCCUCUUUGUGACUGUCAAUACAUGAAGUCAGCCACGCGCUCCUUUUUAUUUGUACAGUUUGUCCUCUUUCACUCCCAAGGUUGCGUUUUACUCAGGAACCAAGCGUCACACCUGUAACCUUUUUAUGCUUGUGUGUGUGUGUGUGUGUGUGUGUGUGUGUGUGUGUGUGUGUGUGUGUGUGUCUCCUCCUCAUCCAUCUUCCACCUUUGACUUAUCUAGACCACUUGUCCCCGCGGCAGAAGAAAAGUGCUGUCACUUGUUUUUCUCGCGAUGGUCUCUGUGAGGCCCGGUAUGGAGACGGCAGACUAAGUUGUGGUCGCCAUGGUAACACAUCUGGUCAGCAAGGUGAUUCAUUGAUUGCAUUCUUUCAUGUGCUCCCACCUUUAUCUUCCUCCAGGAGCGACUGCAGACUAGUCUCACAUGUUCCAUAGUGUUAACUUUUUUUUUUUUUUUUUUUUGCCUCCGUGUAUUUUGGGUUUCUUUGCUUUUUCUUAGGUGUUAACUCAACGGUGUAAUAAAUAGCCUGGUGUUUUACUCAGACUGAACAUGUGGAUUAAAACCAUGUUGUUGUGAUA